UCUCUCUCUUUCCUUCUCUUUAAUUCUCCUUCUUCCUUUCUCCUCUCUCUCUCUCUCUCUCUCUCUGUCUCUCUCUGUCUCUCUUUCUUUGGUACCUUCCCACGUACGUUUUAUUCGAUAAAUUUCAAACUGGUGUCGCCUGAAGGAGCCCCUUUGAGCGAAGCGAAAGGCAACAAACGCAUACAAUCAUCAUUCUCGCCUAUCCGGAAGUCAUAUGCCCAUACACGCGCGAAGAACGCGCGGACCCUACGAGGAAAUCGAAAUGGUCGAAUUGAGUGGUAGUGGACAAGCGAAUUCGGCCAUGGGUGUUACGGGACUCGGUUCUGUGGUAUCCGCAGCGGCCUCAUCUUCGUCAUCCUCAACGACAACGACGACCACUGGUGGUGCAUCCUCGUCAACUUCCGGUCGUGCUGGUAUACUCGAGACACAGGUGCGCGGCCAAUGGUAUCGAGUAUUCGUCUCUUUGGAGGACGAUUAUUUGAGUAUAUCACUUGACGAGAGUUGCGACACUGUUAACAACGUUCUAAACAAUGGCAACAUCAAUAACAACAACGUCGACAGUCUGAAUGAUCCGGACGUACCGGAUUCCGUCGCCAAUCAAAAACGUAUCGUGCGGGUCGUUAAAAGUGACAACAACGGACUCGGUAUUUCUAUUAAAGGAGGAAAAGAAAAUAAAAUGCCGAUACUAAUCUCGAAGAUAUUCAAAGGUAUGGCUGCCGAUGCCACGGAGCAAUUGUACGUUGGCGAUGCAAUAUUGGCUGUUAACGGUGAGGAUCUACGUGAGGCGACCCACGACGAAGCUGUUAAGGCGCUCAAGAGGGCUGGCAAGGUCGUCGAGCUUGAAGUGAAGUACCUGAGGGAGGUGACACCGUACUUCAGGAAAGCCUCGAUCAUCCAGGAAGUCGGUUGGGAGUUGCAACGUGGAUUUCUCAGUGCGACACCACCACCACCAAAGUCACCGCCCAGGGCAGACACUCGUUAUCUGCCAUUGCAGCUUUGCAGACUCACCAGGGCGCAUCCUUCCUCGGAUCCCGAGGGUCGAAUCCUAGAAUUACAUUCGCCCGAUGGUGUUCACGAAUGUUGGUUGAGAGCCGCUGACAACUCAGAGGCAAACGUAUGGUUCAACGCUUUACACUCGGCGCUAGCAGCACUAACUCUUAAAGCACUGAGACUAGCUUCAGCAGUUCCGGAUCCGCCGCAGCUUCAGCACAUUGGUUGGCUCGCGAGGAGGCACUGUCUGCAGAAAGGAAGUGCAAGCAGCGAAAGUAGCGAGGAUGGAGCCGGAAGUAGUGCAAGUACCUCACGAGGUGCGGGAAGUGGAUUUACUUUGGCGACUGGUUGCGCAGGGGGAUGGCGUAGUGUCUUUGGUGCGGUUUCAGGAAGAGAAUUAAGGCUUUACGAAUGUGCACCAUGGAGUCCUGAGGCUUGGGCAUCACCGAGUAUUACUUGUCCUCUUAUUGCUACCAGAUUGGUUUCAUCACCGACAAGACAAAAUGAGGCAGCGGCGAGUAGUAGCGGUGGAUUGACGCAGCACGGUGCCACGUUCGCGGUUCGCGUUGGUACGAUCGACGGCGUCGUAACGCAUCAUCUGCGAGCUGAAACACGAAGGGAUCUGGCAGCUUGGGCAAGGGCGAUCGUUCAGGGAUGUCAUGCCGCAGCCGCAUCGUUGCGUGAAUAUACCGUUCGAUGCACGUGGCAGGGUAAAGCCUGCCAGUUGGUCGUCAAUCACGAAGAGGGAUUCUCGCUGUAUGCUACAGGGACAAGGGGCGUCGUUGGAAAUGGCGUUAGUCCUGGAUCACCACCGACUCCCCUUUGGAAGAGAUCCUUCGACAAACUGAAAAUGUCUGCCGACGAUGGCGCACGCUUACUCUGGCUGGAUUUUGGCGGCGAGGAUGGAGAAUUUGAAUUGGAUUUAGAAAGUUGUCCGAAACCAAUUGUCUUCGUUCUUCACAAUUUUCUAUCGGCGAAGAUUCAUCGAAUGGGACUGAGCGCAUAGGGGUACGAGGGGGCCCCGGCUGAGGCCCCCGACCUGCCACCCCACACCACCAGAUCCGUUACUAGUGUAUUUCUUCAUUGAACGAUCGAAACAUAGGAAAGAAAGAGAGGAAGAGAGAGAGAGAGAGAGAGAGAACGAAGUUACGAAUGAAAUUUAACGAAAUCAAAAAAUAAAAAAAAAUAAAAGAAACUAAUUUCAACUGUUAAAAUACUUUGAAAAGUGUAUGAAAUAAUAUUUAUUAAUUAACAUUUACAAAUUAAAAACAAUAUUAAUAAAUUAAAGACAGAUAAAAAAAAAAGAAAAAUUCUUUCGCUUCGUUCUGUCCUCGAUAAUACGAGAGAGCGAGAGGUGUAUAAUCGAUUUGAAACCAUCCAAACGAUCGUAAAAGAGACAUGAAAUAUAAGGAUGAAGAUUAUACCGAUGAGAAAAAUAACAAAAGAUGUUGUUGUGUUGUUGUUGUUGAUGGUGGUGAUGGUGGUGGUGGUGAUGGUGGUAAUGGUAGAUGAUGCAGGAGAACGAAAUAAAAAAAAAAACAAAAGAUAUAAAAGAAGAAAAAAAGAAAGAUAAAAGAAACGGAUAAAUUAAAAGAAGAAAAAAAAAGGAAGAAGGAAGGAAAAGAAAAAAAAAUACGAUGAUCGAGGACAUUGACGAUGAAUUUUUUCUGUUCGAAAAAAAAACAAAAACAAAAAAAAAGGAAAUGUCCUCGUCCUCGGUCACCUCUAAACGCGCCUAACUAACUAAAUAACCUAUCUACCUAACGAUAAGAAGUAAGAUAACUAAAAUUGACGAUUGUAACGAAGAUAUUAAGAAAAAAAAAAAAAUAAGAAAAAAUAAAAGAAAAGAGAAAGAGGGAGAGGGAAAAAAAAAGAAGAAAGUCUUAAAGGAAGAAGAAGCAGGAGAAGAAGAUGAAGAAGAAGAAAAUAAAACGAUUAAAAAAUAAAGAAAACAUCAAAACAAAACUCGAUUUAAACGAGCGAGUUUAGUUCAUUCAAAAGAAAAAUAAUACUUAUACCGAUAGAGAAAGAAAGAGAGAGGGAGAGGGAGAGAGGGAGAGAAAGGGAGAGAAAAUUAUAAUAAAUAAAUAAAUAAGUAAAUAAAUAAAGAAAUAAAUUAAUAAUAAUAGUAACGAUAUUAAUAAUAAUAACGAUAAUGAUAAACGAUGAUAUUAAUCGAAAAUCCCAUUUGUCUCGUGUUAUUUUAAGACGCGAAUCUUAUCCGAUGCCGAUAAUGAAUGGAUUUUUCGUUCUUGAUUUUUGUAAUUUAAAAAAAAAAAAAAAGAAGAAAAAGGAAAAAAAAAAGAAAUAAAAAGUCGAGACGAUUAUUAUCGUAAACGUUCUCAUCGUGCGCGAUGCACUUUUGUUAAUAGCGUUCUCUCGUUUUCGAGAUAAAGAUAAGGAGUAACAAAUGAUAACAUGGAUGCAGAAUUUAGUGAAACGAUUUUAGAAAGUUUUAACACCUUCGUCGGUUUUGUUAGCUUUAUUUUUUAUUUUUUCUUUUUUUUUCUUUUUCUCGGAUUCGAGAUCAUCGUAACGAACUUGAUAAAAAAAGGGUGGUGGGGGAAGUUAAUCGAAGAAAUAAAAUUAUUUCUUUCUCUCUCUCUCACUCUCUCUCUCUCUCUCUCUCUCUCUCUCUCUCUUUUUCUCUCUUUUUCCCUCCCUCUCCCUUUCACGCAUACACAUACAUACACAUAUAAUUAAUUGAUCUUGUCAAGUUAGAAUCAUUAAAAUCGAAAUUGUGACUCAAUCGACGAAGGGGUUAAAUGUCGUUUCGAAAGAAAAAAAACGUGCCAGCUAAUCCGUCGAUCUCUGAUUUUUUUUUGUCGAUUUUCGAA